CGGCUCAGUUGAAUGUAUCUGCUUCGCGCUAUCUCAGGCAUCCGGAGGAACGACCUCUGCGUUCGUUUAUUGAAGUCUAGGAGUUUCUGCUGCACCGCCAAGAUGUCGGCUCAGAACGCUUGCGUUCUCCUCGCUCAUGGAUCCGAGGAGAUGGAAGCUGUCAUCGUGAUAGAUGUCCUGCGCAGAGCCGGGCUUAAAGUAACCGUCGCCGGCGUGGAUGGCACUGAACUGAAGUGUAGUCGCGACAUCGUCAUCAAAGCUGACAAGAGCUUGGAGGAUGCCCGCAAAGAGAAGUUCGACGUCGUGGUGCUACCCGGUGGCUUGAAAGGCUCCGAAACUUUCUGCGCGAAUGCCAAAGUCGGAGAAAUGCUAAAAGAGCAAGAAUCAUCUGGACGGACCAUCGGAGCGAUCUGCGCUGCACCGAUGGCUCUUGCAGCUCAUAACAUCGGCAAAGGCAAGAACGUCACAAUCUACCCAUCGAUGGAGAGCAAAAUGGAGGGAUACACUUGCAAAGAAGAUCGCGUCGUCGUCGACGGGAAAUUGAUCACAUCUCGGGGUCCAGGAACAGCUUUCGAUUUCGCAUGCACCCUGGUCAGAGAACUGCUCGGUGCCGAAAAAGCGCAAGAGACCGCGAAGCCCAUGUUGUACGAAUUCAAAUAAAUUCAUCGUUCUAAAAGUUCCUGAGAA